AUGGUUUCAAACAGUGUGUUGUACAAUACAGGAAAUAUUCUUUCUUUGAAUGAAUUAAAGUUAAAAGCUGGCAAGACUUCGGAAGAAGAGCUUGUUGAGGCUCUCAAAAUAGUUCUCAAGGAUUCUCAAAAUACAAGUGGAAAUGAUAUUAAUGCAGGAGGUGGUGAUAGAGAGGAAUUAAAGAUAACAGAACUGCAUAUAAACAGCAUUGGAACGUUGAUUCUUGCCUACGGCGAAGCUCAAAAUUCUGGAAAAGAAUUAGAGUCUCUACAAAAACUCUGGCCCGUAUUGGAAAAAUACAUCCAAAACGGAACCUUGACAUCAGUUGGACUCAGCAAUGUGGAUACCGGAGUUUUUAUAAAACUGUACCAGUGGGCAAAAAUACGACCGACAAUUGUACAAAUAAAUCUAGCAAUGUGCUGUGUAGUUCCACCUGUUCUUCAAGAGUUUACGCAACAAAAUCAAAUUCAAUUAUUAACGCACAACGAUCCUUAUCAUAUAUUAAACAAAGAUUCUUGCGUGGAGUUGUUUGGCGACGAGGCGAAAUUAAAUUGGGUCGCCAAGUACCAGGUCCACAUAAAAUGCCGCGGUGUACUUUCUUCAAAAGGAUAUUUUGUUAACAUUACUAAAUAA